AUGGUUAAUGGAUUAGGAAACCCUACGCUGAAACAAAAACAGAGAAAUAGAGUACCAGUCUCAUGCCUCAUUUGCAAAAGACGGAAAGUCAAGUGUGAUAAAGUCAAACCGGCGUGCGGUGGAUGCAUCAAGAACGGUGUCCCUCACUUGUGUGAGUACGUAGAACCUGCUUGGACUAAUAAUGCUAAAGCUACGAAUCCUCAAGUAAACAAUAAUAAGUCUAAUGACCAGAUCGGACAACCUGAAAAAACUAAAAAGCAGAUUCAGAAAGAUAAGUUGAUUAAUGAGCAACGAAAGGAGAUUGAAGAAUUGAAAAGACAACUUUCAGUUUCCCAACAGCUACACCCUAAAGCUCAACGUAAUGAUAAUCAGGAAUUGAGAGUGAGCAUUCUAGAGAAAUUAAACGUCAAUAAUCUUAGCUCGAAAUCUACCAUAGAUAUAAGUAAUGAUAAGUCUUACACAGUAAAGCGUCAGGUACAGAAGUCUAAAUCAACUUAUAUCGAUACCUAUUCAUGGGUUAGUAUAAUUAAAUUGGAUCCUCACUUAACCACAUUGUGGUAUAAAAUUACCAACUUGCAAAAGAUUUACCAUCUAUAUAAGAUGAACUUGUUGAAUUCUCAAACAAAGAAUGACGUACUGGAUAAUACCUCAAGUACAACAAACGCGGUAUCCAAGAAGUCGUCGUAUAAAAUCAACGAGAUUGAUUUUACCCAUUCACUUGUACCAGGCCCAAAAGCUCCGAACAGUUAUCUGAAAUGCCCCGUGGUUGAAUGUGAUUUUAAUUUUAUGUUUGAAGCGUCGCCUACUCUGAUAUCUACCACGACACCAGGGUCUACCACGAAAAGUGAUGUAACAGAGAGUCCCGAUAAAGGUUGUCCUUAUCACAAAGAUCUUGAACACAUGUCAGCUAUUGAUAGACAUAAUGAACUCUCAGGUGAUAGUAAGAUUUUCUUGAAAAAGAUACAAAAUAUUUGGAAUUCCACUCUAAUGCUAUUGCGAGGUAAUGAGACGAUGAAUUAUUUUCAGAUGAAUUUCUUAAUAGAUUACUAUUUUAACGAGAGUAAAUUUACAACUGAAUCCAGAAAUUUGCUUUCGUUCUAUAGAGAAGAAAUACAGUCUAUAAUAAAAAAAAAUGGUGAUACAUUCUCAUUAAAUUUUGCUCAUGACCAAUCUCGAAGUGAUGAAGACCGCUAUUUUAAUCUUAUAUUGAAAGGUUUAUAUUUAUGCAUGCUCUCUUUAAUUGUUGAAGAGUCCUUAGAAAUAAUAAGACUGGAAGCAGACAUAGGAGAUUUUAACAGUGUAAGUCCUGAAUUUAGAUCUUUAUUUCCUUCAGAAGUACUAUACUUGGGUCUAGGAUACAAAGCCAAUAAUAUAUUGCUUAUAGUCCAAGAAUACUUGUUGCAUGUAUCAAAUGAUGUGAUUUUUAAAGAUAAAAUGUCAGACUCUUUGAUUUAUAUUUUAUGUUGUACGACUUUUCUUAAUCGGGAAGUUGUCAAUUAUAAAAGACAAAACACAGAUUCUAAUUCAAAAUUCAGGUUCCAAACAAUUUUCAUACAAUUAUUAAGUAAUAUAUUUGGCAAAAGAGGCUAUUUGGAAGUUUGGAAAAAUCCUCAAGAGAUAAGUUUAAGAUGUAAUGAAUCUGAACAAAAAUUAAGAGAAUUUAGGCUAAGCAUGUGCUAUUUAUGGUCAGAUUUAGUACGGUUAGUGAAUUUGGCAACUUUUAGUUUAAGCCAUUUGAUAAGUCACCCAGAGAAGAUCACUGAUUUAGUAUUGAAGUUUUAUGACAAGGUAGAAGGAUGUGAUAGGCAUAAGAACCAUAUCAUAUAUAUUGGUGACCACGGAUCGGUUCAAGAUAAGAAGUUAGUAAGCACGCUCAGCAUUAACUAUCUUAUAUCAAAGAUUUAUUGCAAUUUAAGGUACGGCAUUGUAAGUUUUGGUGAAGUAAGGCUAACUACAAGUAUGCUUUAUAAGAUGAUUGAAAAUUGCACGUCUUGGAAGGCUGAUGAUAACUUAUAUAAUAACACAAGGAUAAGAAGUUUAGAAACUAGAUGUAUUUUACAUUAUUCAAGUUUACAUUUAUCUUAUAUUAUAUUUUUACAAGAAGAGGAAAAGGGACAUAAAUCUAACUUGAAUAAGCUAUACUGUGAUUUUUUUAUUCAAUUUUGUGAGUUUAUUUUGUUUGUCGAAGUUAUUAUAAAAAAUGAACCCGGUAAUUCAGGCUCUCAACAUUCACAGCACCUUUUACUCUUAGUUACUGAAUUGCUAACAAGGACGAUACAUUUCAUUAUUGGAUUAUUGUUAAGACUUGGCAAUAUCGAUGAACUGAAUUCUGCUUCAAUGUUGCCUAAAAAGUUGUUAUCCAUAUUUGAUAGUAAGCUACUGGGUGGUACAAUGGAAACAGAUGAUGAAGAUGAGGUAUACAAAGCAUUACAUAAUAGGCUAGUUAAUGUUAUCAAUCAAGAAAUCAUAUCUUUGCUUGACAGCUACAUCACGGGCAAGGAAAAGGCCAUAAAAUUAUCAAAGUUAUGGAAUUUUUAUUUAACAUUUAUCAAAAAUUCUCACAAGAUGAGUUCCCUUGAUUAUGCUACAAUACAUUCCAAUAUCCCAUUAUUCAAAAAUAUGAAGUCACAAAAUAUGGCCCUGUGUCCUGUAGUACCGGGACAGUCGAAUACCGACAGAUCACAGAAGUGUCCUGUAAAGCAUGAAAUCGCUACUACAGGAAAUAAAUCAGGGGAUUCAAAAUGCCCUAUAUCUCAUAUAACCACUCCAAUGAAUGAAGAUGCUAAUCCCAUCACUACAGCUCCAGAUAAAUGCCCAAUUGACCAUAAAUCCUUGAUAGAUUCACAACACUCUAAAAAACGGAAGUUCCCAUUAGAUCACCCUUCUCCCCAGAUUGGAGGAAUCUUACCUAAUGGAUACAAUACAGUUGAAAGUAAUAUAAGAUCUAGCACUCAAAAACUUAAAUGCCCUGUACGUGGCUCACCAAAAGAAAAUUAUCUGCCAGUAUCCAACUUGUCGAAUCCUAGCAGUCUAGGUUUCGAUCCAAUUUCUACAAAUAACGUUAUACCAGAUAACAUGCCAAACCCUAUGAAUGCAGUCGAUAAUGUAAUGGUACCAGGGUUGCUUAAAUCGGAGGAUUCCAACAUGGAAAUUCCUAGUUUUGGUGUAAACUGGCAAGAAUUUAAUGACUUCGAUUUUGAAUUUUUGCAGAACGAACUUAUGUUCAAGCAAGUUCAGGAUCUUCAAGAUAAUAAUUUCAGUAAUCCAUCUAUUGAAGAUCUCUUUAGAUAG